CUGUGCUCUUUUCUCUUCUGAGUCUCCUCCUCAUUAUUAUGGAGCCAAACAGUCCUAAAAAGAUCCAAUUUGCUGUGCCAUUAUUUCAGAGUCAAAUAGAUCCUGAAGCAGCUGAACAGAUCAGGAAAAGAAGGCCCACACCAGCAUCACUGGUUAUUAUGAAUGAACAAUCAACCCCAGAAAUAGAUGAGAAGAGAAAGAACAACUCACAAGGAGACUCACAGAAUGCCUCCCCUAAGCAGAGGAAGCAGAGCGUGUACACUCCUCCUGCCAUCAAAGGCAGAGAACAGGCAGAGUCUAUUAAAUGUAAUGAUAACCACCACUCCUCAGGCACUACCCAGGAGCAGAGAAUAACUGAGGCAGAUGAUCAGCUAAUGAAACCAAGGCGGAAAGACACACCUUUUCAGCACCAGGCACCAUUUGUUCCAGGGGUUAAGCAUCUGAAAAGUCAGAAUGACUCAGCAUUCCCAGAGGAAGAAGAGGGUGUCAAUGAAAGAGAAGAAGAAUGGGACCAUUAAUUAGCAUUGGGCUUGUGUAAGGCUAUUGUGAAUAACUGAACUGCUAAAUUUUCCAUACUAAACAUGGAAUUUCUUUGCUUGUGUUUCUGAAACAUUCUUCAUCUCACCACUCACCACUCACCACAUAGCAGGAUGCUUUUUGGGGAGCAUUCCUUGACUGGAUUUUAUAGCACUCUGCAAACAUGUCCUGUGAUACUUGUAAUGGAAGAGAAACAUUUAUUUUAGUCACUUCCUUUCCUUUUUUAUGACUUAGAAAUGUAAUUUGCAAACGUUAGUGGUCUAACUUCAGUACUGCCAGAGCUUAAUUACCGAAUGUGAGCUGUACUUCAAGACUUAUUGUAAAUAGUACCAAUUUAAAAGCUACAAAUAAAUACUAAAUUCAUUUA